CUCAAUUGCCGAAAUGAUCCAAUUAUUUUAUUCCAGCUCGUACGUAUGGAGUGUGCACAACAUCAAUGUUGUACAAAUCUAAUCUAAAAAAAUUCGAAGAUUUCCGAUAAGUGAGAUGCGAGUAAACCAUCUUCACAAUACAGAUUACAACUCACAAGAGGCUCAAACUCGCCUCCAUUUCUCAACAUCAAACAUCAAAAUGUUAGCCUUUCUUUGCCUGAUUUUGCAGCUAUCCAAUACCAUUGCCUACGCCUCCACAGGGAAACACAUAAUCAUACUCGCCGGACAAAGCAACAUGUCCGGCCGAGGCGGCGUCCAGAACAACACCUGGGACGGCGUUGUACCUCUUCAAUCUAAACCCAACCCCUCAAUCUUCCGAUUAACCGGCAAUCUGAGUUGGAUCGAGGCUCGUGACCCUCUUCACAAAGACAUUGAUGUGAACGCAACAUGUGGCAUAGGCCCCGGAAUGGCGUUUGCUAACAGAGUGUUGGAGAGAAAUCGGAGUCUGGGUCUAUUGGGUUUGGUUCCAUGUGCAAUCGGAGGUCCACGAGGGACCAAGAUUAGCGAGUGGGGAAGAGGGAGGUUCCUGUACAGGCAGCUUUUGAGGAGGACGACGGUGGCUCGGAGUGGCGGUGGGUUGAUCGGAGGGAUUUUGUGGUUUCAGGGGGAGAGUGAUACAGUGAGUGAAUUGGAUGCGCGUAUGUAUGGAAGAAGGCUGAUCAAUUUGUUCAAUAAUCUUCGUGCUGAUCUUGGAUCCCCUUUGCUCCCUAUAGUUCAUUCUGAACAGGAGGUUUGGAACGGACAUUGAAACUAGAUUUAAAUUCGAGAAAUAAAGAAGAUGAGAGCCCUUUAGUGAAGAUGUCAACAUAUUGAGAAGAUGAGGGAACAUGAAGGACACGAAUCUAACCCAAUGCAACUUUGUCGUACACAAAGUGUAUAUCGAUCUCUAUGUGUUUUGGUUGAACUGGAUUAGUAGAUAGGUAAAUUGCGCUGACAUUAUCACAGAAUACCAGAGUAUCAGUGAGAGAAGGAUAAUAUAAUUUCCCGUAAUAAGUUGCGAAACCAACUUGUUUCAGCAUUUUCAACUCCGCGGUACUAUGCCUCACACUAGAUCUCGAAAUAGUGCCUUGUCUUUUAGAAGAACAUGAGAGUAAAUUCUGACCGGGAAAAACAUAAUAUCCAGAAGUGGAGCGCCUGGAAGUGGGGCAACUAGCCCAAUAAACAUCCGAAUUGCAUCCGAAUAGGCAAUGAGUCCACAAGCCGAAGAAACAUAUAAUUGUAAACCAUGAUCCAAAGUUCCCUAAAUAAAUAUAUCGUAGAAUCCGUUUGAGAGCAGUAAAAUGGGGCUCUUUGGGGUCAUGCAUGUAGAGGCACACUUGUUGAACAACGUAUGAAAUGUCUGAGGGAGUGAAUGUCAAGCAUUGAAGAGCCCCCGCGAGACUGCGAUAUAAAGUCGGGUCCUCAACUGGGGGUCGUACCAUCAAUUUUUGCAGAAGUACCUGCAGGAGUGCAAGAGGGUUUGCAAUUCGACAUCUUUGCUCUAGCUAGAAUCUCGUAGCAUAGUUUUGUUGAGAUAGAAACAUUCCAUGACGAUCUCUAGGGACUGAAAUACCAAGAAAGUAGUUUAAAGAGCCCAAGUCAGUCAUCAAAAAUUCUGAACUCAGCUGAAGGAGAUUAGUGGAAGAUGCAGUUAACACAAUAUUGUCAACAUAUAGAAGAAGGUAUGCAAUAUAAUCUCCCUGUCUGUAUAUAAAAAGAAAUGAAUCUGAUUUGCUGUUGAGGAAGCCAAAUCGAGUGAUAAACUGAGCAAAUAUGUGAUACCACGCUCUAAGGGCCAACUUGAGACCAUAAAGCGAUUUCUGCAAAAGACAAACAUGAUUAGGAAGGGACGGGUGUCGAAAACCCGGUGGUUGGUGCAUAUACACCAUCUCCUGAAGAUAACUGUGAAGAAACGCAUUCUUGACAUCCAGUUCAUCACUGAACUGGAGAGUGAUUGGAGACAACAAGGCUAAGAACAAUCUGAAUAGUAUCCGGUUUAACAACCGGACUAAACGUUACAUCACAGUCAGCGUCUGACUGCGUCCAUUUGCAACCAAACACACCUUGUAUCAAGCCAAAGACCCAUCCACAAUAAGUUUCUUUUUGAACAACCAAAUACAAUUAACCACAUUAGCAUUGGAAGACCGAGGUACAAGUAACCCAAGUUUCGUUAGAAAUAAAUGCAUCAUAUUCAUCUUUCAUGGCAUUUAACCAGUUAGGAUCUUGAAAGGCUUGGGAGUAAUUGCGAGGAAAAAAAUGCAUGCUGAUGGGCUGGAUGCAAAUUGGGCCACUGCUGAGAGAAAUUUGAAAUUGUGCUGUUGGGCCAUGGGGCCUGUUGGAGCGGUGGAGAGGACAUCAACCCAUGCUGUUGCUGUUGAUCUUGCGACGACGUCGACCAGGGGUAAAACCCUCUCAGUUGUGUUGUGUUGAAAACGACCAAAACUCCCGCCGUCGGACCUGCCUUGUCUACCGCCACCUCUGCCGCUAUUACGACCACCCCUGCUGCCGCCUCGCUGAUUCCGGCCACCACCUCAAUUGCCGGAGUUGUGAAACCGAGAAUUGGAAGAUCGAUUUUGGUGCUCUGUCGCGAGGAUAGUGGCUGAUGACGCAUGAUCCUGAUGGGAAGCUUGAAUUUGGCGUGAGUGAUCCUUUGCCAUGGAUCGUUCUUCAAGAGUGAGAAUGGAUUUCAAUUCAAGAAAAGUAGGAAGAGGUUUCUGGUGGCCAAUAGUAGGAAUAACAUGGGCAUAUUUGGAAGAUAACCCAUUGAUAGUAUAAAUCGCUAAAUUGCGUUUGGGCACCGGGGCUCCAAUAUUGGUAAGUAAAUCGGAUAUGGAUUUGAUCUUGGUACAAUAUUCCAUAAUGGUGGAAUCACCAACAGUUAUGUUAUGCAAUUCAUCAUCGAAUUCAAUGGCUUUGGUUCCUUUGUUUUCAUGGAAUCAUACUUGAAUAGUGUUCCAAACUUCAGCAGCAGUGGUGUCGGGUUUGAUGAUCAUACAUUGUAUACCCAAUGUAGUGAGUUUUCAUUAUCUCCUUCCUUGAAUCAUAAUUCAAGCAAUCCAAAUCAAGAAUAAGGGGAACAUAGGAUUUUAUAUAGCCUAUACGUGAAUAUAUAUAUAAGAAAUAUACAAUUGGGCUCAAUGUAUCAGAUUGGGCUAACUAAAAAAUAAUAUAAAAAUACAUAUGACGUCUAACAUGAACAAAUCUAGUAGGUUUAAGAGCAACAAUCCACCAUGCAAUUUUAUCUCUCACAUUAUACCAUUAUAGCGUACUUGGAUAUGCUAGUAUUCGUGAAAUCGUAGUACAUCACUAAUUCAUUAUUAUGUGGAUCCUGAAAAUUUUAACUAUGCUGGUGACGAUGAUGUUGCUACAUGUGAUUAUGAUGUUGGUACACAUCAUGUUAAUGAUUCACGAGAAACACUUCAAUAAAUAUUUUUGUUUCGCGUUAUCCGACCUAGAAAAAAGUAAUUAUGAUAUUGUUCUUGGAUAUGCCAUCAUUCUUGAAAUCGUAGUACAAUUGCACAACGUUUAUAACACUUUGAAUCACAUUUAUCAAGUGAUAAACAUCACUAUCAUGAACUAUGCAUAAAACAUAGAGAAUUUUAGGAUGUUGGAAAGGCAAACUAAUAUCUAAUUUAUCUUCCGAACUUUUCUUUUUCAGCAAAUACAAAAAAUAAAAAAAUUUAUAUUUUCGGAAAAUUGUAUUCCCUAAUUCUUAACGAAAGGCCUAACAUAUUUUGGUUGAUAAUCAACAAUCUCAUGCUUUCUACCGGUACAAAUGACAAUGAAAACUCACUAGAAUGUGUACACAUGGUUUUUUUAGUUAACAUAUCGGAAACACUACAUUUUAUAAAAAAAAAUUAUGUACUUUUUCAUAGUAAAACUCCUAAAAAUCGUAAGUCAAUGUUUCAUAAACUGUAGUCAAAGUUUCAAAAUCUUAGUACUGAAAAAAAAAUCAAAAUUCUAACUAUGUCCUUAAGGAAUUCGUCGCACAUGGGGCUAAGGAUAUCCUGAUGCGGUCUGUGCCGUUUGUCAAGACAAAUAUGAAAAUUGGAUUUUUUUUUUAAAUAUUUAAGACGAAACCCCAGCCCAUUAAUGUAAUCGCACCACAUGAGCCUACACCUAUGAUUUCAAUGGCUAUUUAAUCAUUUUUUAAUUUAUUUGGGUAAAUCUUGGAAAAUGAGUAGGAAAUUAGGUCUUGAGUUUGAAUGAUAUGUAUAUAUGUUUGUUACUUUCAUUUUGAGUUUUUAUUAAUUUCAAGUUAGUAAAAGUUUCUUGAUGAUAAAUAUGUAAUAUUUAUAUGACAAAUUGUUUGUUUAAAGAAAAAAGCCACUUAACCAAUAUCAUUUUAUUUGCUUUUUACAUCACUAAACUUCUAACUGGCCAUCAAUUUUUAUUUUUUUUUGGUUUUACUAUAUCACUGACCUCGUGGACAUAAACGGUUAGCACACGCGGUAAAAAACUUCAAUGGUAAAAUAAAACAAAACAGUUUGUUAGUGAACUGAAUAAGAUUAGAAGUUUAGUGACUUGAACACAUGGAGUAUUAUUGAUGUCCAUUUUAUGACAUUUCCAUUUUACUUCACAACUAAACCAUUCUAUUUGUUUUUAUAGCUAGAGUUGACUAGCGAUUGAAUAGUUGUGGUUUUAUACUUAGACAAUCCAAGUUUCAUAAUAUUAAUGUUAUAUAUGUUUAGUCCUGUCUCUUGACAUUUAAAAACUUAGAGGGUG